GAGGUUCUGUUGCUGAAAGCUAGCUUCAUUCGCCGAAAAACUCGGUCAGUUCCUCCCUGCUUUGAAGUGCUUGCAUGCCUAUAUUUUAAAUCAACGAGUUAGUUUCUUGAGCGCAUACCUCUAGUGGCCUCAUUAUUUCACCAUGUUACAGUUCUUGGCUGGCUUCACCUUGGGAAAUGUUGUGGGGAUGUAUCUCGCUCAAAACUAUGAAGUGCCCAACAUAGCCAAGAAAAUCGAAGCUUUUAAGAAGGAUGUGGAAGCCAAGAAGAAGCCCCCAGAAUGAGCAAAGCGCAACAAUGUUGCAGGCGGGAAUGGACUUUCUCUGCAGAAAAAAAUAUUUAUUUUACUGGGUUAUUUUGGUAUCAUGUGUACACACUUGAUAAAAUUGCUAAUGUUAAAUAUGUAUGAAAAUAUAAACAGUGCCUGGAACAGUAUAGACAUGUUCUCCUUGUAAGCUAUUUUCUAAGGUAAAUAGUGCAAAGGCUGGAUUUAAAGAAUGUUUUGACUAAUGGAUUUUUCAUUCCAGUUUCAUGGCAUUGCUGGCUGGCCUUCUGUUAGGCACUCAUGCCAUUCAGUAUCUCCCAAGAGAUGUUUAGAGAGAGUUAUUAAAGCAGCAUGCUGCCACAUUUGUCAACUGCCAAACUUUGUGUCAUUCUUAUACAAACAUUCUUCUGAACCAUUGAGCAUAUAAUAAAGUUGCAGAUAAUCUCAUGAAGCUUUUGUUUCAUGAAUUAAAUUUUACUGGAACUUUAACAUCCUGCUUUCUCUUGUAGCAAAUACGCCAGCUGUCAGUCCAAGUGCAUCCACUGGGUGUCGCCAUUGGAAGGCAGUUAAAACUACAAAAAGCAUUUCCUGACGAAAAUGCACUGUAAAUGCUGAAAGCUGAAAGAUUGCAGCUAAAAUGCCAAGAAAUGCUUCAAACAGUUGAAACUUUAUUUGCUGCAUGAACAUAAACAACUGAAGAAGACAAAAAAAAAUGCAAAACAGCUGAAAUUGUUAACAAAGGAGCUAAAUUGAACUUGAUUUCUCUGAACGGGGAGAAAAACAGCCUGAAACUUAAACUUGAACUGAAGACAAACCAUCAAAAUAUUAAAAGAAAUUUUAAAGUUCAA